CGGUGCACACUGUGGGGGCGCGGAGCAGUCUCUAGGCCGGGCAUAGGCGUUUCCGCGGCACGGCUCGGCGCAGCUGGACUCGGCUCGCUUCGUGGCCCCGGCUGGACGGCGGCAGCCCGCGAUCUUGCUCUUGCAGGCGCCCACCGAGGCACGGGCUGGCCCAGCCGCAGCUUUCCGCCGGCCGGGCGAUGGUGACAAUGCGGGGCCCGAGGGGGCGGGGGAGGGGGGCACUGCCCAUUUUGGUAGCCGGGGCAGCAUACCCCCCCCACCCCCCGGGUCACUUGUGCCACAUCAGUUUACAUCAUAAUCAGGGCCCUAGCUUAAAAAUGUCCGGCCCCCGCCCCCGCCCCCACCCGCGGCUGUGUCCAGACGGAGAAUGUUCUAGCGCUGGGGGCGGCUGCGGAUGAAGUCCUGGGGGGGAGAGGCGCGGGCCGAGGGCGAUGGUGGAGUAGAGCUGCCUCACAGAGGCAGGAUGAGCUGAGGCGGUGACGGGGAAGGAAGGAAGGAGGAGAGACAGCAUGGAGGACUUUCUGCUCUCCAAUGGAUACCAGCUGGGCAAGACCAUUGGGGAAGGGACCUAUUCAAAAGUGAAGGAAGCAUUUUCCAAAAAACAUCAAAGAAAAGUGGCAGUUAAAAUUAUAGACAAGAUGGGAGGGCCAGAAGAAUUUAUCCAGAGGUUCCUGCCGCGCGAGCUCCAGAUCGUCCGCAGCCUGGAUCACAAGAACAUCAUCCAGGUGUACGAGAUGCUGGAGUCAGCCGACGGUAAGACCUACUUGGUGAUGGAGCUGGCCGAGGGGGGAGAUGUCUUUGACUGCGUGCUGCACGGUGGGCCUCUGCCCGAGAGCCGGGCCAAGGCCCUCUUCCGCCAGCUGGUGGAGGCCAUCCGCUACUGCCAUGGCUGUGGCGUGGCCCACCGAGACCUGAAGUGUGAGAACGCCCUGCUGCAGGGCUACAACCUGAAGCUGACCGACUUCGGCUUUGCCAAGGUACUGCCCAAGACACGGCGGGAGCUGAGCCAGACCUUCUGUGGCAGCACGGCCUACGCUGCCCCAGAGGUGCUGCAGGGCAUCCCCCACGACAGCAAGAAGGGUGAUGUCUGGAGCAUGGGCGUGGUCCUCUAUGUCAUGCUGUGCGCCAGCCUGCCCUUUGACGACACAGACAUCCCCAAGAUGCUGUGGCAGCAGCAGAAGGGGGUGUCCUUCCCUGGGCACCUGGGCAUCUCGGCUGAAUGCCAGGACCUGCUCAAGAGGCUCCUAGAACCAGACAUGAUCCUCCGGCCUUCAAUCGAAGAAGUUAGUUGGCAUCCAUGGCUAGCAAACACUUGAUAAAAGCAAUAGCAAGUCCUCCCCAAUAAAGCAGGGGAGAAAGAAAACCCAAAGUCUGCUUCUAAAAUGGUGUUUAACUAAAGUUAAUUAAAUAGAUCCCAGAAGCACACACCUGGGGGAGGAGGAGGAGGAAAAAAAGUUACCAGGAGAACUAUUGGAUCUACGCCGUUGUUGCAACUUCCUUUCCAAAUAAAAGCAGAAGCAUUGGGAAUAAUGCAGAAAA